UCGUCACUUCCCCUGAUUCUGUAACAGCAGCUGGCGGGAACCUUUACUCACAACAACAGUACCGACUCGGUUUAGUCCUGUUUCCCCGUAUUUUAGUAAAGAUGCCCCGGGUGUUGAACGGAAUCGUGGCGGUGUGUCCUGACCUGGGGAUCGGGAUGAACGGGAACCUGCCGUGGCAUCCCACGAGACUGAAGUAAGUCCCUGUUCUGUGCAGUUUAAUGAGAGUGAAACCUUCCAUAGGACUCUGCUGUGAUAAAGUUCAUGUGACUUCAACAGCAUGUGUGUAUUUCACAGUAAUGAAUUCAAACAUUUCCGAAAGAUGACAUCCACCCCGGCAGUAGAAGGUGAGUUUGAUUCAAUUAAUUCAAAUUCAUGAAGUUAAAAGUCCUCCUCAGGAUCAGAGGGUGAAAGUUGAAGGUUUACUAGUCUGAUCAUGUGGUGAGCAAAGGUCCUUGUGAAUCUGUCCUCUUUUAUAUGUUUAUACAACCCUGCAUGAAACACAGAGGAGCUGCUAUAUACCCCCCAGAGCCCCAGUUAUUCAUUGAACUUGAAUUAUCACCUGGCUGUCAGACCAUGUUAACACAAACUGAAAAUUUAAAAGCUCUAUAAAAGUAGAAUUUGUGCCAGAGCUGUUGUUUUGGGUUGUAUUUGAUUGCCUAGGUGUUGGUUAUUUGUUGGGUGAUUUCUACAACAAAGGCAACCACAUGUUAUGGGAGCACAAGAGUUACUGACUUUGCAAAUACAUAUUUACGAUAUUUUAAAAGCAUAAUCUGGAGUCAGUGACAUAACUAACUUCCAACUAACGAACUGAUAAUCAAUUAUUUGUAACCCUUUCAUUCCUCAGGGAAGCAGAAUGUGGUGAUUAUGGGCAGGAAGACGUGGUUCUCCAUCCCAGAGAAGAACAGGCCUUUAAACAACAGGAUCAACAUCGUCCUCAGCAGACAGUGCAAGUAUGAGUCGCACACAGUUAGGACAGGUUUUAGGGGUUUUCUAUCAUGAAGUUGUGUUCAGGACAGUUAUUUGACAGAAAAAGUGACUUCCAUGGCCUGUGGUGAAUAAAAAAGUUGUCAUGAAUCAUGUUGGCCACAGGUAAGCUAUGUUAAUCAAGUGACAUGAGGUUGCAGAGAAUAUUUAUAAUUGUGUGUUAACAGGAUUGUUUUCUGAUAAAACCGACUCUGACACCUGAAAACAUCCCCUGAUAUGAACAAACACACAUUAAAAAAAAGAGUCAUAAUUCAUAUCUAUGUUCCCUUUUCUCCCUUUUCUCUGUCAGAGAGCCUCCUGCAGGUGCUCACCACCUUGCUGCUGACUUUAGCUCUGCUCUCAAACUGUUGGACACAGAGCUGGCAGACAAAGCUGACCAAGUCUGGGUCAUAGGAGGUACCUCUCUUUACAAGGUACUGAAUGGUGCAUUCAGACUGCACACUUUGGUCUAGUAACUGAACUAAUGUCUGAGAGAUGCUUACAUGAAGCUCAAUAACUGCUAACCACUUCAAACCUUUCUGUGUUGAUUACUACAAAAUUCAGAAAUAGUAAUAGAUAUACGUGUUUAUCCUCCUUGUUCUUAAAACUGUUUUUUUUAUUUAUUUAUUUUUUUUGGUUGCCUAGGAGAUGAUGGAGAGCCAGGGGAGCAGGAGACUGUUUGUCACUCGAAUCCUGAAACAGUUUGACUGCGACACAUUUCUUCCUGAAAUCAGUCCAGAUAAAUAUCGUCUGCUGCCAGAGUAAGAUCAACACACACAUCCUGAAUGCUUACAGUAUAUUUAAGCCACUGUCACAUCCACAUUUCUUACACUGUCAUACAAACUGUGUUAACUUGCAAUGGUUUUUCCCAAGUGUUCCUGAGCCCACGUAGUUAUAACCUUGAUAGAAUAAUGUUGGUUUUUAAUGCAGUGCUGCCUGAGGAAUGGAAGGUCACAGGCAUUCAAUGUUAGUUUUUUGGUCUUGCUGCUUAACGUGAAGAGAUUUCUCCAGCCUCUCAUCGUUGAGCCAAUCUGGGAUGCUCCUGUUUAUACCUAAUCGUGACACCUACCUGUUAUUAAUGAAUCUGUACACUUGUGGAAUGACAAACAAAUAUUUUUGGAGCAUUCCUCAGUUUUCUCAGUCUUCUGCUGCCUCUGUCUUGAGUUUUCUGGGAGAUGUUGCAGCAUCAAAUUUACAAUGAGAGAAUAUUUGCCAAAACAACAAAGUUGAUCAAUUUGAAAAUGUCUUGUCUUUGUGGUGUUUUCAAUCUAUUCUUGUUUCUUCUGCAGGUUUCCAGGUGUGCCAAAAGAGCUGCAGGAGGAGAAUGGCAUCCAGUACAGAUUUGAAGUCUAUGAGAGUAUAGACAAGUGAAGAGGGAUUACAAGGACCAAAGAAAUUGCUUUUUUUUGUUAAAUUUCCAGUUAUAAUGUACUCUGGUUUAAGCCGGAAAGUCCUGCUGUGUAGUUGUUUACAGGCAGGGAGCCUGUAUGUAGAAUAGUGUAAAUAAAAAAAAAACAUGCUCACUAUUCUGUGAUCAGAUGUCAACAGCAGGGUUGUACCUGCUUUCUAGGAGGAACAUAGAGGAAACUCAGAUCUGAGGGACAGAAAUGUGGCUUGUUGUGGAGUAAAAGUGAAUACUGAUGAUUUCAUCAUUAUGUUGUGUCUCUUAUCCAUCUGUACAUUCCCACUGAGAUUGCAGUGAUCUGAUUGGAUAAAUUAAAGGUAUUUACUUGACUUUGAAA